AUGUCAUUUUUAUGUCACAAGUGUUGUAAACCUUAUACUGAACCUGGAAGUAAUCAUGCUCUGUAUACCACUAAUUGUGGGCAUUUAAUUGGUCAUUCCUGUAUAAUGGAAGUAAUAAAUAAAUCUACUAAUGAAAGAAAUCAGUUCAGUUGCCAUGAAUGUUAUAGAAUGUUAAAAAGAGUCGAUUGCCAUCCUGUUUAUAAUAUACCUGAUGAAAUUUAUAAAUUAGCAUUAGAUAGUUUUAAAUUAAAAAGUGAUUUAAAUGAUGAGUAUGUUAAAAAACAAUAUUUAAUGGGAAAUUUGCAACGAAAACCAAUAAUUUUAAAAAAAUGGAAUAUAUGCUUUGAAGGAUCUUUACAAGCAUAUGAUAUUUUUAAUGAAUAUAUUGUAACUAUUUUCUAUCGUUCAAAAGUACAUGAAAAUAGUCAGUUACUACGAAUAAUUAAUAUGAGAAAUGGAAUAUGUUUUUAUUCAAAAGUAUAUAAUUUCAAUUAUUGUACCACUGUUGCAAUAAACAAAUAUCGAGAGAAUGUUUUAGAAUUUUGUGUUGGUUAUUUAGAUGGAACUGUUAAAAUUUUUAUUUUUAAUAUAAAAGGAUCAAAUUUUCGUAUCAAGCAUGGUGAAUCUUUUCAUGAAAGUGCAUCAAUUCAGUCUAUUUGUUAUUUGAAUAAGAAUAAAAUUGUAUACUCGACUGUUGGAGGAAACUUAAUUGUUGUUGGUACAACUAAACAAUCUAAAAAAUGUGACUUAUUUGAAAAUAGUUCCAUUGAAAAAUGUACUGUCAAAAAUCUUCAAACGUUGACAGAUGAUGCUUUCUUAGGUUUAGCUAACAGUAAAAUUUAUGUGUUUUCAAAAAACCGGAGUCCAUACAAUAUUAUUGAGGAUAACGAAAAUGAAAUUAUCAAUUAUACUGUGGAACCUCUAACUAAUUUGCUCACUCUACUUUGUCGGAAAAAAUUUAAAAGUAAAGAAUUAGGUGAAUCACUACCUUCGUAUAUUUUAUAUGAGAUAAAUGAGACAAUUUUGGAAAUUGAUAGUAAAAAGGAGAGAGUUUACCAUACUUCUAAAAUUAAAACUAUAAAAUGUCAAGAAGAUCAAAUUCAAACUAUUUUUAACCCAGGCAUUUUUUCUAUGGAAGAAGGAAGGAGAUCUUCGUUGCAUUCAUUUAUACCAGAUGUAAAAAAUAAAUCAUUAAAUAUUCAUUAUCUAUUUUUCGAUGAAGUCUCUACAGAACAGGGAACCUUUGAAAAUUUAGACUCUUGUAUUUCUGUUGAAUGUAUUAAAAAACCACAAAUGUUUCUACCAAAUAUUUAUAAAAAGAGAAUGGUUGUAAUAUUUCAAGAGAAACUUGCUGUAAUUGAUUUCUACUAUCCUAUUUUUGAUGAAUAG